GAUGGGUAAUGAUGCUUUGUGGGUGUCAGUUGUUGAUGUGUGCAGAGGGUUCCUGGUUCGAGCCCGGGUAGAGGGGACAGACAAAAUGUAUACUGUUACAUAUAGCUAAGUAUCGUUACUCAUUGUGUAUUUAUUCUUUGUUAUCAUCUUUCUAUUAUUGUUCUAUUUUUCUCUCUGCAUUGUGGGAAGGGCCCCGUAAGUAAGCAUUUCACUGUUAGUCUACACCUGUUUACAGUGAAUAAUGCAAUUAUUAAUUCAUUGGUAUUGCUCAUUUCAUACAAAUUGUAUUAGUUCUGUUAUUUUAAAGGCUAGUUGUCUAAUGUAAUUAGCCUGCCAUUAGGUUACAAUGUCUUCGAGAGUGAUAGCGAAUGUUAUAUACUUAUCUGCAGUUGUGAAAUAACUAAUGAGCACUAAUGAGCACCUUAGAAAGCUCUAACACAAUGAAUGACAUGUUUUACUUUGAGUUUUUUGGACAGGCGGUAACCAUGGCUUCCCGAGCUGGACCUCGAGCUACUGGCACAGAUGGAAGUGACUUUCAGCACCGCGAGAGAGUGGCCUCACACUACCAGAUGAGUGUCGCCCUCAAGUCAGAGAUCCGUAAGCUGAACAUCGUCCAUGUUCUGAUCUGGCUCCUCUUAGCUGCCCAGGUGACAGUGAGCCAGCUGAACCUAGUGUCCCACAGUGUGGUGGCUGCUCCCUACCAGUGGGAGUACCCCUACCUGCUGAGUAUCAUCCCCUCCCUCUUCAGCUUCAUGGCCCUGCCCAAAAACAACAUCAGCUACCUGGUGAUCUCCAUGAUCAGUGCUGGCCUCUUCUGCAUAGCGCCGCUCAUCUACGGGGGCAUGGAGAUGUUCCCAGUGGCCCAGCAGCUGUACCGCCACGGCAAGGCCUACCGCUUCAUCUUCGGCUUCUCUGCCGUGUCCGUCAUGUACCUGGUGAUGGUGAUCGCGGUGCAGGUGCACGGCUGGCAGAUCUACUACAGCAAGAAGCUGCUGGACGCCUGGUUCACCUCCACACAAGACAAGAAGAAGAAAUGAGGACAGAGGACUAAAUUAUUUAAACAACUGACAAGGAAUGACUAUUGCUGCCUGCCACUGUCUGACACCACUUCUAGGCCCAUCUUCCAUCUAUAUUUGAAUUCUACAUCCCCAUCUCGCCAUCCCUAAUUGAUAGUUGUAGGACUAAUUGGAAUACUCAGCAGGCUGUCCUGUCGUCUUCCUGGUAAACCCUCUAACCUCCAUUAUCUCAUCUCCUGGCUCUGGAGCCUGUGGACAGAUUAAGACUUGAGUUGUCUAUCUGAGACUCCAGGGUUUAAUGUUGACCUGUCCUGCUGCCUUUAGAAACCCAUCCUCUUAUAUCUCAUCCUGAUCUAUGGAGCUGGCUGCCAUAAACUGUCCUGCAAGGGAUAGUACGCUAGUUACUGUAUCUCCAGUCUUAGACAUAUGUUCCAAUUAUCUCUCCUUUCUCCACAAGGUUGCACUUGUUCACUGAUUUGAAAGGGAAUGACUGGAAUAAUAAAUAUGGUAGAAACUCCCACUAGACCAGGGAUAGGCACCUUUGAUGGGGUGGGGACCACAAAACAUCUGAACUCAUCAUGCCGCAGUAGCUCGCGGGUCUACCUAACCUUGGGGCGGCAGGUAGCCUAGUGGUUAGAGCGUUGGAUAAGUAACCGAAAGGUUGCAAGAUCAAAUCCCGAGCUGACAAGGUAAAAAUCUGUUGUUCCGCCCCUGAACAAGGCAGUUGUUGAACAAGGCAGUUGUUCAGGUGCACUGUUCCUACGCCGUCAUUGAAAAUAGACUUUGUUCUUAACUGACUUGCCUGGUUAAAUAAAGGUUAAAUAAAUAAACUCAUCCAUACCCACACAUACAGUCAGAGCCGACCCUAGCCUUUUGGGUGCCCCAAGUGGAAUUUUGUGUGUGUGUGUCCCACCUUGCGAGCACAAAGUUUUAGCGCCCCCCCCCCCCCCCCAAUGACAAUGGAGAGGGAAAAAAGUAUGUUUUCAUUUCCUGAUAUUCUACACAAUUUGCCAUGGUGAGGAUAGAUUUUGUAACUAAACUAAUUUCAUGGAAUUCUAAUAAUUUGCAAUUGGGUGGAGAGAAAUGUGUAGUUUUUCAGCUAAUUUCUUGAAAUUUCUCACCCAACUAUAGGAUGGAGAGAAAUGUUUGCAGUUUUUAUUAUGAUAUCUGAGUGAGCAUGACCCUCCCCAGUUGGUAAUUCGACCAUGAUUACUACAAGUUUAGAUCGCUGGCUAGACUAUUUUACCAGUCUAAACAAAUGUUUGCUGACAUGGGCUAAUUGAGUGACUCUCAAGUGACUGACAUUACAAGAGAGAAACUGCUGAUGCACAACCAAACAUUGAAAUUGCACCUUGUGUUUUCUACUAUUCUAACGUUCAACAAGUUAGAGAACCCAACUGAGUUCCUCAUUCUUUUCCUUUCAUUUUUGGAAAUGUUUUUGCGGGCCUACACCAGACCAGCAGUUCACCAUCCCUGCUAUGAACAGUGCCUCUGCGAAAUUUUAGAUUUGUGGGUGAAAUAGUGAACGAGUGUACACUUCAGGAGGCAGGCGUUAUAAUUGGGACAUACCCAAGACUAGAUCAGGGCAUGAUGUGGCCUUAAAGAGAGGAGCCAUCCAGAGCUGAACGGAAAGGGUUAAGAGAAAGGCAAGAGCAGUGGUCAGAUUGCAUCCAUAUGGCUGUGUGCUGCUGUCAAUGCACAUUUUCAUGUUGACAGCACUCAACAAUUCAAUUGUUUCUAAAUGAGAUGUACAUUGUUAAAUAACAAUAAAUGGCUAUGCUGUAGCAGUUUUGCGUA